GGUACCACUACUGGCCUAGUGAUGUGAAAGUUUAGGUCUUCGGGAAUCCGUAAAACCAGUCUGUAUCCUGAAGCUGAAUAAGAGGUAUGCGCCGCGCUCCGACGUGUCUGGCCUUACGGUAGAGGAGGGUUGUCUCAACUGUUCCGACGGACCGAAAUAUAUGGAAUACAACGAAGACACGCUUAGACUCAGUCAGUAAUGACAUCGUAAACACGAAGGAAAAGGCGGAUGUGAAGUGCUAAGGUUUACAAAUCAGGAUAAAAGGUUAAUUUCCCAACGUUUCAUGAACAUUUGGUGUAAAUCUACGGAUACAAUAUGAACCAUUGUGCCGUUCUCUUCGCUAUCUUCUUGACGCUAACAACACCGCUGGUCGGAUUGGGUGCGCGAGAAUUGCGAAAUCAGUCUCCGAAAGAACUAAUUGCCCAACUGCUACUCCGAAGGUCUCAGUCAGCCAGUAAGUCCGUGGAUUCAAGGCCGGCGCCCGCCAACCGUCCAUCAAAGCUCAGCAACAAUGAGCUAGUGGCCGGAGACACUGACCAAGAGGUUGAGGAACUAGCUCAUUUUCUCACGUGUUCCGGACCUAACUGCGAAGGGGAAUCGUUCGCGUCCCGAUGGACAAUGCCUCUCAUGAAACUGGGGGAUAAGCAGUACUACCUGGGAAUCUUUUUCAAGGCAAACUGGUACAAGGCUGCACAGUACUGUCGCUUCCACGGAAUGCAUCUGGCGGGAAUCGAAGAUGAAAGGGAAAACAGAUUCUUGGAGCAACACAUACAGGAAGCAGGACUAGGACACGAGCACUUCUGGACUUCUGGAACCGACCAGGGAGAGGAGGGGAGAUUCUUCUGGAUGUCCAACGGAAGGCCCGUCACUUUCACCAACUGGAAUGCCGGCGAACCUAAUAAUUUCGAGUACGAAAACGGCGAACAGGAGCACUGUCUAGAACUGUGGAACAGGGACGGGAAAGGCCUGAAGUGGAACGACAGCCCCUGUUCCUUCGAGACUUUCUUCAUUUGCGAGGUGGCAUAGCGGAAGAGGACCUGUACAGAAAUGACAAGAUCGAAAAAUGACGGUCGUCAAACCGGAAGGUGUUUUAUGCAGAUUCACCGACGGUUUCUUCAGAUCGUAAUAUAAUUAUAUUUAAGGUCUUACUAUAAAUAAAAAUUAUUGUUUUACUUUUUAUAUAUAUAUUUUUCUAAGUGUUUCGAGCAGCCGCAGUGCAUUGGCUUAUAGAUAGGAUACAGUCGUUCAUGAUUUCGCUCAAGGUAUCAUAUUGAAUACCCAAUGUCAGUGGUUUCACUGCGAUUUCAAAAUAUUGCUUUAAAAGCAAUGUCAAUUCCCUUUACAAUGCUCUCAAAAUGACCCUAUUGCUGUUAUUAGUUUCCGAAAGACUGACUCCAUGACGUUGAAGCAUCAAAAUGCCUUCUAUGUGGUACCUCAGAUUCACAGAUUCCAUCCUAACUACCUCUUAAGAGACUUCAUCUCUGGCUCAGCUGUUCCCCACAAAACAUUUACAGUUAUGCUUCCCACCACUUCUCUAAGAAGGCAAAAGUUCCAUUCAAUUAAGCACACAAAACAUUAGUUUACCAAAGUGCUUGCUCAAAUAUAUUAAAACCACCUUCUAGGAACACUUACUGCCAUUUCGACAAAAAGUGAUACCAUCAGAGGAAAUCCGGUUUUUUUUUUUACCAUAAGUCAAUUAGAAGAUUAACUGCUCUUGAAAUGGUAGUUUUGUCAUUCAUAUUUUCAAUAUCUGGCGAGCGCAAAAAGUAACAUCAAAUUCGAAUUACAUAAAGGUUCAUAAGUCGCCUCUUCUCAAAACGAUAGCUGUGGAAAAGUAUCGUAAUAGUGAAUGAACUUCGUUAUUAUUAUUAAUUAAAAACAAAAAUCUUACUCUAUAGAAAAAAAUUUAUACCAACUCUUCGAGAAGCAACUUUAAUUAUAAAAGCCGUUCCUUUUAAAAAAAAAAUGAGAGAAGGAAAGAAGGUAGUAUAAAAUGUACAAUAAGAGUUCGGCUCUGCACUCAAGAGACUGAGUAGUCGAAGAGGCUCAGAGGACAGGAUUCAAGAGUCAGUAGUUUAAAGAAUCAAAGGUGCAACUCAAGUACGAGGUUGGUUAAGUGUCUCUGCGUAAAUUCCUCCGGUAUGGGAUAGCUGGAACUCUUUCUGCAAUCCCAGAUGUUAGCCAUUCCGGGUUGCACGCGACUGUAGGUGCUUAGUUGAGCCAGAAGUAUUAUGAAAUAUGUGAAUCGAUGACAAAAAAAAAGCUAGUAAAUGUGAUUACAAGUUACAGGCACAAAUGUACGUAUGUAUAAUUAUAUUUAACUCAAAUUUUCUAAGAUAAUUCUGUAAAAUUUUGUAAUAUAAUCUAAGAGUCGACAGACACAAUGCACAGACGUAAUCAGUUUUGCUUGUAUGUUUUUCUAAGAUUUUCAGUUGCGAUAGAAACCUCUUCUUACCAGUGAUUAGUGUUGCGUUAGUAUCUUUCCUGUGGGGGACAAGUAUGUACUUGAAUCGAAAUUAAGACAAGGUCAUGGAAAUAUUUCAUUCUUGCAGACAACCAGAAGUAGUAAAUGUAAAGUAGCGUUGGAGACCCUCUUAAGAAUGAUACUGGUCUUGAAACUAUAGUAGAUUCAUAUCUCCGAUGCAUCUGAUGUCUAGGCCAGUCCCUUACGACGCCCCUGAUUGGCUGUUGAUAAGCCAAUCACGGGGCUGGAAACUCUCAGUCUCUCUCAAGAGUUCACACAGGCAGGAUGUAUGUUCCACCUCUCCUGAGGGAUACGUCUUUCAAAGCAUCCCUCGGGAGAGGUGGAACAUACAACCUCCCUAUAUGAACUCUCGAGAGAGACUGAGUUUCCAGCCCUGUGAUUGGCUUAUCAACAGCCAAUCAGGAGCGUCGUAAGGGACUGGCCUAGACAUCAUAUGCAUGGCUGAUGUGAUUCUACUAUAGUUGAUGCGGACGAUGUUUUUCUCUCAUUUAAUCGCUCUAAUUUUUUUUAUUUAAAAUUGAUGCAGCAUUCUCAGGUGGAAAUUACACUCCCACUAGCAUAUAACAUAUAAGUCUCUCCUAUGUAAUUGUGUUCCCUCCCCUGACAAAUUAAUUUAUACCGCUCCUUUCAUAUGAAUUUAAAUUUUGUCUUUAUCAGAUUUCUUUAGUUGUUGAGGAACAAUACUUGAUGUGUUAUAAGAAGAAAAAUAUUCUUAUGUACAGAUAACUAAUACUACCUUUCAUAAACGUGACUGAAAUAGAAAAACUUAUAUGUAAAUAAUUUUCGCUUUAAGAUUAUAUAUUGUACAAAAUGAAUUCCCUUUAUAAAGUGUGUAACAAAUCCA